AUGAUUUUUUUCAUACUUUUGUCUAUUUUUUGUGAAGAUGUGGAAUUAACAGAUUUUUUAAAUAAAGAUAUUAAAAUCUUUUUUGCAGGUUACCCUACAACUUUCUUAGGAAGAGACAAUGAUGGAUCAGAAUUAAUAGCACACAAUAAAUAUGUUAAUUUUGAGAAAUUAAAUUUUAAUCCUAAAGCCAGAAUUAUUAAAGAAGGAAGAACAUUUGAAAUUUUUUUUUCUGGUGCUAGAAUGUGUAAAAAUGGAAAUAUUAUAGCUAGAUGUUCAACUUCGGGAAACUGGACUAUAGAUAGAAAAUAUUUUGGAUAUUCAAUUUCUAAAGACGGUCAGUGUGUUACGAAAGAUAUUGAUAAUACAGUUAAAAUGAAAAAAUGUGUAGAUACAGAUGACCAAAUAUUCGCAUUUAAACAUGUCACGCCUGAUUGUAAUCCAGAAAAUAAAUUUGGAGAUCAACACAAUGUACAUGUAAAUCUUAUACAAGAUGAUGUCAAAAGGUAUUCAAUACAAACAAAAAAACAGGCAACAGGUGAGAAAAAUUUACAAAAAGACAAAAAUAUAAAUAUAGAGGAUGAAUUUAAGUUAGAAGAAAUUGCUGGAACUUUUCUGAUGGAUGAAUGA